AUGUUGCCCGCAGCGGGUGCCCCGCGGCCGCGCCUCGCCGCCGGCGCCACGGCGGCGCUGGCGCUGCUCGCCCGCGGCGCCGCGGCCACCGAGUCGUACAGUCCCGAGACGAGGAUCCUGAGCGCCCACCUCUACGGUAACCUCGCAACGUAUGGGUACUACUUCGUCGACCUGCUCGUGGGCACGCCCUCGGGCCAGCGGGCGUCCGUCAUCGUGGACACCGGUAGCCGGCUCAUGGGCUUCGCCUGCACUGGGUGCCAGCACUGCGGAGAGCACAUUGACAGGGCUUUCAACGUUUCCCACAGUGCAACCGCGGCGUGGGUCCGCUGCGGGGACGAGACCUGCACUGCCGCUUGCUCGGGGGAGCGCUGCUCCUACGCGGAGACCUACUCGGAGGGCAGCUCGAUCUCGGGCGUGCUCUUCGAGGACUUCGCCAGGCUCGGAGACUCCGAGCAGGCAAACCCAGCGGUGAGGGUCCAGAUGGGCUGCAACCUCCUCGAGAACAGCCUCUUUUACUCGCAGGCGGCGAGCGGCAUCAUGGGCCUGGCUCCGGGCGCGGGUUCCUCGCCCACCGUCCUGACGCAGCUGUUCUCGGACACGGAGCACGUGCGGACCAGCACCUUCUCCCUGUGCUUCGCCACGUGGGGAGGCCGCCUCACGAUUGGAGGUUACAACAGCUCCUACCACAGGGGCGGCGACGACGGCGGCGGUAUCCAGUGGGUCCGCCUGCGCCCAGAGCGCUACCACUUCGUCUUCCCCGUGGGGUUGACCAUAGGCGACGAGGGAGACGGCCGGGGCCUUGCGGCGGCCUGGGGGCAGGAGCACCUCGGCGUGAGCAUCGUGGACAGCGGCACGACCUACUCGUACUUCCCCCAGCCGCUCUACGCGGCCAUCCUCGAGCAGAUCGGCCGCUACUGCGGCGCGCGAGGAGGCUGCAGCGCCGGCAAGAGCAGCGCCCAGACAGAAGAGGGGUCGGAGUGCUGGCAGCUGUCCGCGCCAGAGCUUGAGCCGGUGGACUUCCCGACGCUCCGGAUCUUCUUCGACCAGGACACCAGGGUGGACUGGCACCCCCUGGAGUACCUGCAGAAGAGAGACUCCAGCGGCAUCUGGUGCGCCACUUUCUUGCCAGACGACGUCUUCCAGACCGUUCUGGGUACAUCCUUCAUGCUCCACCGCGACGUGAUUUUCGACCUCGACGGCGGGAGGUUGGGCUUUGCGAAGGCAGACUGCCCGGAGCACCGGCGGCCGCCGACCCGCCGCGAGGGCGAGGUGGACGGGCACGCCGUGGCGAAGCCGCUGCCGCAGAGGCUCUACUCCGUAGACAGCGCCCUCGCCGCGCAGCUCGGCUACCGCCUCGGCGCAGAAGGCGCUCGGCACCAGUGGCGGCCACGGGCCACGUCGGCGGUCGCGCUGGCAACGCGGCGGGUGCGCUGGCCGGUGGCGGCCACGGCGCUGCUGGCGGUGGCAGGGCUGCUCUCGGCCGCGUACGUGCGGCUCUGGACGAGGACCUCGCAGGCCCCGGAGGGCCGGCGCGAGCUGCUGCGCGGGGAUCACGGGCCGCUGCACGAGGAGCCCGAGCCGCCGCGCGGGGGUGCCGAGGCCGAGGAGUACGACGCCGCGGUGGCCCAGGGCGGUGGGCACCUCGGUAUGCUGGUGCAGGAUGAGUAG